AUGCGGCGCGGACUUAUGAUCUUUAUUUUGGUCAACCUCCUUAUCCUAUCACUCCUAAUUCGCAGUGUCUCCACACUCUUGUCACUACUGGUCGAAGAUGCCGCUGCAGACGCCAUUCACCGUUCCGAAUUGCCAUCGCCCAAUUCCAGUCUGAUCGAAACGCGCCCUCAGAUAAUUCCCAAGAUUAUUCACCAGACCUACAAGAAUGAGACCAUUCCCGAGGUCUGGGUCGAGGCCCAGCAGAGUUGCAUUGACCUGCACCCCGACUACGAGUACAUUCUUUGGACCAACGAGAAGUCGCGCGAUUUCAUUGCUGCCGAAUACCCCUGGUUCUUGGAUACCUUUGAUGGUUACAAGUACCCCAUUCAACGUGCGGAUACCAUUCGUUACUUUGUUCUGGCCCACUUUGGCGGUACAUACAUCGAUCUAGACGACGGUUGCAAUCGUCGCCUCGACCCCCUCCUCGCCUACCCGGCUUGGGUCCGCCGUACUGUGCCCACUGGUAUCUCCAACGACGCCAUGGGUUCCGUUCCACAACACCCAUUCUUCCUCCGUACAAUUGAGUUGUUGCAAAAAUACGACCGCAGCUGGCUGCUUCCCUACAUCACGGUCAUGUACACGACCGGUCCCCUUUUCUUGUCCGUCAUCUGGAAGGAGUACAUGCAGGAUAAGCCCAGCGAGUCGGGCCGUGUGCGCAUUUUGAUGCAAGACGAGUACAACCGCUUCUCUUGGAGCUUCUUCACCCAUCACACCGGAAACAGCUGGCACGGCAAGGACGCCCGCCUGAUCUUCUGGAUGGGUCAACACUGGGUAUUCCUAACUUUUAUGGGUUUCGCUUUGGCUGGUGUUGUCGGAAUCUGCCUCUGGUGGACCUACGGCCGCGUGGCUCUCCUAGGAGCCCAAUACCGUUACCGCUACACCAAGCUGCCCUCAAUCAUCAGCCCAUCCCGUCUUUCCUCUUCGCCCACCCGGCGUGCGCGAAGCAUGAUGCCUACCCUUCUCCGACGGGUCAGUUUCAAGGAAGACGAGGAGCAAGCUGGGGCCACGGAAACCUCAUACGAGCUUGGUCGUCGUGACGACUAA